CUCUCCGGUCCCGAUGGAGCGCGCGGUGGCUGCCGCAGACCUGGGCAACUCUCCCGGCUUCUUACAGACCCUUCAGACCGAGAGCCGAGCGGAAGCGGCGCGGGCAGGGCCGCGAGUGCAGGAGCAGGACUUAAGGCAGUGGGGGCUGACAGGGAUUCACCUACGCUCUUAUCAACUGGAAGGAGUCAACUGGAUAGCCCAGCGCUUCCAUUGUCAGAAUGGCUGUAUCCUGGGAGAUGAGAUGGGUCUGGGUAAGACCUGCCAGACUAUUGCUCUCUUCAUUUACUUGACAGGAAGAUUAAAAGAUGAAGGACCAUUUCUGAUUCUUUGUCCCUUGUCUGUCUUGGGCAACUGGAAAGAAGAGAUGGAAAGAUUUGCUCCAGGUCUUUCCUGUGUAAUAUAUACAGGUGACAAAGAGGAGAGAACCCACCUACAGCAAGACCUAAAAGAGAAGCCAGGUUUUCAUGUGUUGCUGAGUACCUAUGAGGUUUGUUUGAAAGACGCAUCAUUUCUAAAAUCCUUUCAUUGGAGUGUUCUUGUUGUGGAUGAAGCUCACAGGUUGAAAAACCAAAGCUCCUUGCUGCAUAAGACACUUUUAGAGUUCUCAGUAGUCUUCAAUCUCUUGCUGACCGGAACUCCCAUCCAGAACAGCCUCCAAGAACUCUACUCCCUCCUCAGUUUUGUGGAGCCUGAUGUCUUUUCCAAGGAGCAGGUGGAAGAUUUUGUUCAGCGUUACCAGAAUAUUGAGAAAGAGGCUGAGUCAGCAAGUGAACUACACAGACUCUUGCAGCCAUUUCUGCUGAGGCGAGUGAAAUCUGAGGUAGCUGCUGAGCUUCCCAGGAAGACAGAAGUAGUGAUAUACCAUGGCAUGUCAGCACUGCAGAAAAAAUACUACAAGGCCAUUUUGAUGAAAGACCUAGAUGCAUUUGAAAAUGAGAUGGCAAAGAAAGUUAAACUUCAGAAUGUCUUGUCCCAGCUUCGGAAGUGUGUGGAUCACCCAUAUUUGUUUGAUGGUGUGGAACCAGAGCCUUUUGAAAUUGGAGACCACCUGAUUGAGGCCAGUGGAAAACUUCAUCUGCUGGAUAAGCUGCUGGCAUACCUGUAUUCCAGGGGCCAUCGAGUUUUACUGUUCUCCCAGAUGACCCAUAUGUUGGAUAUUCUCCAAGACUACAUGGAUUAUAGAGGCUACAGCUAUGAGCGUGUAGAUGGUUCCGUGAGAGGAGAAGAGAGACACCUGGCCAUUAAGAACUUUGGACAGCAGCCCAUUUUUAUAUUUCUUCUGAGUACCAGAGCAGGUGGAGUUGGCAUGAACUUAACAGCAGCAGAUACUGUUAUUUUUGUUGACAGUGAUUUCAAUCCUCAGAAUGACUUGCAAGCAGCCUCCAGGGCUCACCGAAUUGGCCAGAACAAGUCUGUUAAAGUUAUCCGGCUGAUUGGCAGAGACACUGUGGAAGAAAUCGUGUGUAGGAAAGCCGCCACCAAGCUGCAGCUCACCAGCGCAAUCAUGGAGGGAGGCCAUUUUACUCUGGGAGCCCAGAAGUCAGCAGUUGAUGCUGACCUCCAGUUGGGUGAGAUACUCAAGUUCGGUUUGGAUAAACUGCUGUCCUCUGAGGGGAGCACUGUGGAUGAAGUAGACCUGGAGUCUAUCCUGGGAGAAACAAGAGAUGGCCAGUGGAUCUCGGAUGCCUUGCCUACUGCAGAAGAAGGAGGCAGAGAGCAAGGGGAAGGCAAAAAUCAUAUGUACUUAUUUGAAGGGAAAGACUAUUCUAAGGAGCCCAGUAAAGAAGACAGAAAAUCAUUUGAGCAGCUGGUGAAUCUUCAGAAAACCCUUUUGGAGAAAACUGGUCAAGAGGGCCGGUUACUCCGAAAUAAAGGCAGUGUUCUCAUCCCAGGCCUUGUAGAGGGGUCUGCCAAGAGGAAGCGGAUUCUAAGUCCAGAAGAGCUGGAAGACAGAAGGAAGAAAAGGCAGGAAGCAGCAGCCAAGAGAAAGAGACUAAUGGAGGAGAAGAAGAGGAAAAAGGAAGAAGUGGAACAUAAGAAGAAGAUGGCCUGGUGGGAGGCCAACAAUUACCAGUCCUUCUGUCUGCCUUCUGAGGAGAGUGAACCAGAGGACCUAGAGGACGGGGAAGAGGAGAGCUUAGCCCAACUGGAUUACAGAGAUUCAGACUCGACCUCCAUCAAGUAUGUUAGUGGUGAUGUCACCCACCCGCAGGCUGGCGCAGAGGAUGCUGUGAUCGUGCACUGCAUAGAUGACUCUGGCUGCUGGGGCAGAGGUGGUUUAUUCACAGCUCUGGAGAAACGAUCCACUGAGCCAAGAAGAAUAUAUGAGCUAGCUGGGAAAAUGAAAGACUUGAGUUUGGGAGGUGUCCUUUUAUUUCCUAUUGAUGAUAAAGAGUCAAGAAACAAAGGGCAAGAUUUGCUGGCCUUGAUCGUGGCUCAGCACCGUGAUCGCUCCCAUGUCCUGUCUGGCAUCAAGAUGGCAGCCCUAGAAGAGGGCCUGAAGAAGAUUUCUUUAGCAGCAAAGAAAAAGAAAGCAAGUGUCCAUCUUCCACGCAUUGGACAUGCCACAAAAGGUUUUAACUGGUAUGGUACUGAGAGACUUAUACGGAAAUACUUGGCUGCAAAAGGCAUCCCAACUUAUAUAUAUUACUUUCCCAGAAACAAGGCUGCCAUCCCUCAUUCACGGUACUCAUCUUCCUCCUCAGGACAGCCGUUGCCUUCACAAUCGGCCCAGACUCAGCUCCAGCCUUCAGCAACCAGCUAAGAAGAUUUUUGCUCAGAACUACUGUAAUAGAAUAUUUUAGAAAGGAAUUGGGAUCUGGUGGGCUUCUGAGAUACUCUUUUUUCUGAAUUGUAAUUUUGUUCUCCUGGAUAUGUUACUCUGAUUUGGUACCUGUAAUACAGGGAUGUAUAAGUUAGUUGGGAAAGUCCUCUGGCUGUUCUCAGGGCCCCGCUUUGCAUAGAUAUUUGAAUGAUAAUAAAGUUUCCAUCUCU